AUGCCAAAAAGUUGUUGUGUUGUUGGUUGCACUAACAAUAUUAAAAAAAAUCAAGAACUUAAGUUUUAUAGUCUUCCUCGAGAUGAAAUACUUCGAAGAAAGUGGCUAAAUGUGAUAAAUCGUGCUGCAGAUAAUAGUGCAUGUAGGAAGCAGUGGUCUCCUGAAUUUUCUAAUGUUUAUGUUUGUUCGGCACAUUUUAUGACUGGAAAAAGAGAACUUUUUGAAAAACAUCCAGACUCAAUUCCUUUAAUCUUCGAUACUGAAAAACUAGGUUCCCCUCAAAGAAAAAUUAAUAAUAAUAGAAUUAUUAGAGUCAAUAGAAGAAUAAGUAGACAAAAAAUCAAUGAUUCUGCAUAUACAGAGAGUAUUUUAGAACAAUGUUCUUGCAAGAGUUUUGAGAAACAAGAUCUUUUAAAACAAAGCUCAAGCAAAAGUUUUAGCGAAGAGUUUUGGUUUUCUACACCUAAUGAAGAAACAAGUGUUCUUAAUGACACCGAUUGUCAGUUAAAGCAAAAUUCCACUGAGAGUUUUUUUAAUUUGUAUUCAGAUAUUGAUGGCAUAAGACCUGUAACAACAUCGGAGAGACAACAACUCUAUAGUGAAAUAAAUAAUCUUCGUUUAGAAAGAGAUUUAUUUAUGUCAAAGUUUAUGUCCUUAAAAUUUGAUAAUUGCAACCUGGGAAUAAAUAAAAUUCGAUCACAACCUGAUAAAUGCACUAUGGUUACAGGUUUAAGUCUACCAGUAUUAGAAAAGCUGCUGUGUUUCCUGUGCAAAGGAACUGAUGAAAGUUUACUUAAAAGAUUGGAUUCAGCAGAUCAAAUUGUAUUCUGCUUAGUAAAGUUAAGGCACAACAUUAACUUUGAUAUGUUAUCGUAUAUGUUUGGUUUUAAAAAAACUACUGCAUUGAACAAUUUUUGGAAAUGGAUAGAUAUUAUGUAUAUUAAUUUAAAGUUUUUAAUGAAAAUGCAAGAUGGGGAUCAUAUUUACGACACAAUUCCUCCAGUUUUCAAGUGCAAAUUUCCACGAUUAACAUCGAUUAUUGAUUGUUUUGAGGUUUUUGUGGAAUCGACAUCAUCCCUUAUGGCAAGAUCACAAUUUUACAGCCAAUAUAAAAAGAAUUGCACAAUAAAAUGUCUUAUAUCGUGUACACCUCUUGGAGCUAUCAAUUUUAUUUCUAAGUGCUAUGGAGGUAGAGCUUCAGAUAAUCAAAUUGUCCGUGAAUCAGAAUUCGCAUCUAGCAAGUACCAUAUGCCAGGUGAUCAAAUUUGAGCAGAUAGAGGUUUUACAUUGCAAGAUGAUUUUGCUGCUGGAAGCUGCUCUUUAUUGAUAAACCCAGCUUUUACGAAAGGUAAAGCUCAACUUUCUGCUUCAGAUGUAGAAAAAUCUCGUAAUAUAUCAUCGGUUAGAAUACAUAUUGAAAGAGUUAUUGGACUAUUAAAAAACCGCUAUACAAUUCUUCAAGGUACUUUGCCGCUGCGAACAGUUAAAAACAUUUCUGACGAAGCUACGUCACUUACUCUUUCUAAUUGUGACAAAAUAGUAACCGUAUGCGCUGCUCUAACAAACCUUGGGGAAGGUAUUGUUUACGAUAAAACUCACCUUUUAUCUUAGUUAUUUUUUAAACGGCUAUUUUCAUAGCCACAAAUCAUAUUAAAAGUAUUACUUGGUAUAGAUAAUUCUUUACAAGAGAUUAGUGGUUUUAUUAUUGGUAACAAAAAAUACAUA